UCUUUUUAGUUGAUUAUGGUGUUGAUUUGAUGCCUAUGCUACUUAUUUUUGUAGGAAUUAAGUCUAAUUUUGUUUGUUGGAUGAAUUGAUCUAUGUAUUUAAAGAUGAUAUGCAAACCCAUGUUAUUGAUGAUGGAAAAGUUUUGAUUUUUCUAGUUUUGAUGUUGAUUUUAAAAUUUUAGGUUGAUUUGAUUAGUGGGUAAUUAACUUUAAUGGGGAUAGGUUGAUUAUUAGUUGAUUAUUUAUAGUGUUCCUUUUGGACUUUGGAGGCUAUGCUACUUUUUUUCAAUUACAGGGUAGACUGAGUGAAGAGAAAAGGUAGGUGAGAUUCAAUUUCAUGACUUUAUUUGAGAAUGACAGUUAAUGCUCCAACUGAGAUAAAACUCAAUUCUCUACUUAUAUUUGGCGGAGUUUAGUCUAAAUUGUUUGUUGGGAAGAAAUUGUCUAUGCUUUACAAGUGAUAUGUAAACCAAUUUUAUUGAUACUGUAAAAUUUGAUCUUGGUCAAGCUUAGCUAUCUGCCUAUCUAUGGUUUUUUGGUUACCGACAGUUUCACACUGAUUCGGUUAAUGGAUGUGUAACUUGAAUUGGUAACUCAAAUAGUAUAUAGGUACAUGCUCAAGUGUUAAAACUCGAAGAUUAUGAAUUAUUUCCGAUUAUUUGUCCAAAAUGCAGUGUAGAAGUUUCGGUAUUGUUGUAGUGUCGGUGAUCCAAUGCAUGUACUUGAGAUAGGGCCUCUUUUGGAAGACUUCUUCAGAGUUGAGUUUCCUUUAGUUUAGUUCAACUCACUUUAACUUCACACGGUGUAGGAACUUACUUUGGAGUUGUGUCACUCGUACUCUUCAUUUUACCUCAUAUACUUAUUGAUCCUCAACACUUAGACACGGAUAUGACAUUUGGACAUGUACAUGUGCGAGAUAUGUAUUCCUGAGUCCCACUAAAAUUUUGUUUCUGUUCAAGGUUGAUCUCUAUUAAUCGAGUUUUUCGGUCUUGAAAUCGUUAUUAAUAAUAUUUAUAUUUACUUUUUAUGUUUAUAUCAUUAAAUAUGUGGCCUAAACAUCUCAAUUUGGAAAUGCAUUAACAUUUGUUUUUGUUUAUAUCAUUAUAACAGUAGGGCUACCAGGUGAUUUGUUUUUGUUUUUGAGUGGGGGAGUUAGGUGUAUAUAAUCGCAAAAGGGUAAGGUCUUCUAGAAACUGGUAAAAUUUAGUAGUGAAAGUGUGAAACCACUAUGAUAGCAUUAACAUUUGCUUAACCUAUAUUAUCCUCUUAGUGUUUGAAAAUUCACCAAAUGAAAUGAUUAUUCGAGCCGAAAGUGCUGCACUAUGCUUUCCGACGCUCUAAACCCGCCUAGGCAGGAGCCACUGAAUGACAUCAGGGUAAUGAAAUAAAGAUCUAUCCGAAGCUCCUCCUAUAUAAUUCCCUUGCUUUUGAUAACUGAAGCAAUGGAGUUUCCCAUGAAACACAUUAUUCCGCUUGUUUUCCUUCUAAUCUGCCUUGCAGGCCUUGAUGGGGUGAAUGCUGGUGGAGCGUGUGGAAGAUCAUCCCCGGAGCGAGAGGCAUUCAAACUUGCUCCCUGUGCCAUGGCCGCACAAGAUGAGAGUGCCCCGGUUUCACGAACCUGCUGUGCUACAAUAAAAAAGUUAGGUCAAAACCCGCGCUGUCUCUGUGCUGUUAUGCUGUCUAACACAGCGAGAAGUGCCGGGGCUAAACCUGAGGUUGCGAUCACUAUCCCUAAGCGCUGCAACAUUGCUGAUCGUCCUGUUGGUUACAAGUGUGGCGCUUACACAUUGCCUUGAAAUGCUCCAGUCGAAGCACACAUCUUAGUAUCCGUAUUGAAGCACCUGCGAAUAAGUUGAUACAUGGUGCUAACGGCCCGUUUGGUACAUGGUAUUAGAGGGCGGUAAUGGUAAUAAAAUUAAGUAAAAUUUUGGUUGUUUGGAUGCCUUCAAUGGUAAUGGAUGGUAAUAAAAUAAGGUAAUGAAAUUACCAAAAAGGCCAUUUUCAUUACCAUCAAACAACAUGGUAUUAGGCGGUAAUGGUAAUGAAGUAUUACUGUAGUAAUAAAAUAAGGUAAUGUUGUUUCGAGCUGAAGAUAAAAAUAAUGAAGAAAAAAAAGGUAAUGUAUGUAAUUAUUCAAAAAAAUAUUAUUAUUAAAAAAAGAAUCAUUAGAUAGAAUAAUUUAGAUACAAUAAUGCUUUUAGAUACAAAUAUACAAUAAUGAAACUAAGAGUCAUUACCAUUUUUUAUUACUAACAACCAAAUGCAAUCAAUGGAAUAUUAUCUUCCAUUACCAUUCUUUAGUUAUGCACACCAAACAAAAAAAUCUUCAUUACCAAUUCUCAUAUCCAUUCUUUCAUUACUAUUGUCAUUACAACAUUUUAUUCCCAUUACUUCAUUACCUUCAACCAAACGGGCCGUAAAUGUCGAUGUUAUAUAACUACGUGUACUAUGUAAGACUUGUAUGAAUCAAUUUACUUUGAUUUCAGUUUCAGUAUUAUGGGUAAUUCUUGCAUAUGCGCAUACGCAAAGUGUUCGUGAUAAUUGUUCUCAUAACAAAAUCGGGCAUGGAUCGUAAUCUCUCGUCUCCGAACUCGAAAGUAGGCCAAAUGGGUAGAUUUCAAUACUAGAUUUUCUGUCUUAUGUCCUAUUUUGUCCUCUCAGCAAGAUUUCCUUAGAUUAUCGGGGUGUUAGUAUUGUUAAUGCAUUCGCAUUUUCCAUAUUUGGAUGUAUGAGCCAGAUCAUCGCUAUCUUGUUAGUCGACGUUCUUGUUAGUCUGAGCCAUAUCGUCGCUAUUUUGUUAGUCGACGAUCUUGUUAGUCUGAGCCAUAUCGUCGCUAUCUUGUUAGUCGACGAUCUUGUUAGUCUGAGCCAUAUCGUUGCACGAAACGAUUUUCGGAGCUGAGCUGAUUGUGUGCACAAUCUUUCGAUACCAGAUUCGUUACGUUGCUCUUCUUAUGUUUGUACUACCACAUAAUGAAGCACAAUGUUGUAGACAGUUUCUUGUUAUGUUCUAUCAAUGAUCAUCUAACUUCUAACGUACAUAACUUUAGCAGUCAAAGCUUGAGAAACCUAGUCUCCAAAUCUCAUGAAGUAUAUGGAAAGUGCAAGUAAAAUGUAUUAACUCAUAUGAGAAAUACUUAUAUAUCUAGCAAAUUUGAUAAG